AUGGGCUCAUCAACCGGGUUUCAUCAUGCCGAUCAUGUUAACUAUUCUUCAAAUCUGAAUAAGGAAGAAAUUCUAGAACAGCUUCUGCUUUCAUACGAGGGGCUAUCAGAUGGACAAGUCAAUUGGGUUUGUAAUUUGUCAAACGCUUCGUCAUUGAUCUGGCAUGCGUACAAGUCAUUAGCUGUUGAUAUCAAUUGGGCUGGAUUUUACGUUACUCAAGCUAGCGAAGAAAACACACUGAUAUUGGGCCCAUUUCAAGGAAAGGUCGCUUGCCAAAUGAUUCAAUUCGGUAAAGGUGUUUGCGGAACUGCAGCCUCUACAAAGGAAACGCAGAUUGUUCCAGAUGUCAACAAGUAUCCCGGUCAUAUUGCGUGCGACGGUGAAACCAAGAGCGAAAUUGUUGUUCCAAUCAUAUCCAAUGAUGGUAAGACAUUGGGCGUCAUAGACAUAGAUUGUUUGGAUUACGAAGGAUUCGACCACGUAGACAAAGAAUUCCUAGAAAAACUUGCUAAAUUAAUUAAUAAAUCAUGUGUCUUUAAAUAA